AUGUGGGCACAGUUUGAUGAUGCGUAUGAAGGCGUAUGCAGCCUUCGAAAUAUCAGAGAAUCGAAUCAGGGAGAAUCACUCACCGACAACGAAAUCAAUAAUAACUUGCGAAUGUUAAAGACCAACCUUACACAUAGCAAGGCCCCAUACGCUAAACAUUUUAGAAAAUAUCUAAAAAAGAAAACUGCGUCUGAUUUCUUAGAAGCCGAAGCGUAUACUAUUUUAUGCGGAGCGUAUGAAAGUAAACGGCUCCUCCACUUAUUAAGGAUAGAUAAGAGUUGGAAGAAAUCUAACGAAAAAAAUGGCAGAAGUCACGGGAGGGGGGAUGUUUGGAAAAAUCCAGCUUUCGGGUCAAAGUUGGCUAAGGAGCAAAGCGAAGGCACUUAUAUGACCGACGUAAUAGUUCCAAUGAUUCGGGCCUCAUUAAAGGGCUUACCAAUCGGAAAAUCUGGUUAUAUUAGCACAGCUGAGCGUCAAAGUAAAACCAGCAAAGACCGAAGAGGAAUUGGGAAACGGCCUGAUCUUAUGUUCAUU